AUGGCCGACGAUAAUGUCUCCAAGGGACGUCAUAUUAUGCUGAUGACCUACGGCUCGAAGUGGCGGACUCACACCAAGAUCCAGGCCUCUGUCUUGAACAUCUGUGUGUCUCAGACAUAUAAACCUCUACAGGAUCUAGAAAGUAAGCAACUACUUUUUGAAUGCCUGUCGGACAAUCACUUUGUCAAAAUCUACCGCCGUUAUACAGCAUCCGUGAUGUUUUCCCUCGCAUACGGUAAAAGAAGUCUCACCGGGAGAGAGUCCGAAAUCCUCGGCGCCGACACCGUCAAUGCGAACUUCCUCUUCGCGGGACGGUUAGGGACGUGGAUAACCGACGCCAUCCCAAUCUUGAAUUAUCUUCCACAACGACUUGCUCCAUGGAAAAAGACGGCAGAGAAAUUCUUCAGACUCGAAUCCAGCUUGCAUAUGGCCAACAAGAGCAAUGCGGCAAAGACGCCAUCAUGGAAUAUGACGAAACAGAUCUGUUCGACGAAGGAAUCCAAGGAAGUGCCUGACUUGGACAUCGCCUAUAACGUCGGCAUCAUUUAUGAAGCCGGGCUAGAUACCUCCAAAAUCGCAUUGCUUGAACUCGACAGGGUAGUCGGCCCCGUUCGGUUACGUAGUUUCGAAGACCAAGUUUCCUUACCCUAUAUCAACGCUGGGGUUAAAGAGGUUCUCCGCUGGCGACCAGUCAGCGCAGGAGGUACCCCCCACGCUGUGAUGCAGGAAGACCAAUACACGGGAUAUCGCAUUCCCAAGAGCGCCACAGUGAUAGGAAACCAUUGGUCCAUCCACAUGGACGAAUCUAUAUCCCCUCAGCCCAUGAAGUUUAGACCGGAACGGUGGCUCGAAAACCCGGACUUGCCGUUGUAUGCGUUUGGGUUCGGUCGGAGAGCAUGCACUGGGCAACACAUCAGCAACAACAGCCUGUUCAUCAUUAUCUCGCGAGUUCUCUGGGCAUUUGAGAUCAACAAAGGUCUCGAUGAGCAAGGGCACGAAGUCGAGAUCGAUGACAUGGCAUUCACCAGCGGGUUCAAUUCGCAACCAGAGCCAUUUGCGGUCAGGUUUAUUCCGAGGUCGCUGAAGGUGGUCAAGGUGGUCAAGAGGGAGUUGGACGAUGUCGAAAAGGAUAUCGACGGGAUAAUGAAGCGGGUACAGGAGGCACAGGGAAGGGCGUUCUGA